UCCCUUGAGUGGUUUCACUCAUUAUUAUUAGCUAUCGAGGAGCAAGAUAUUGAACAAUUUAUUGAAAUUCGUAUUUAUUUAACUGGCCAUCUACGUGAUUCUGAAGUGAGAAAUAUUUAUGUGAAUGUUGGUGAUACAGAAGAUGCUGUUACAGGUUUUAGAACACCAACACAUUAUGGACGUCCUGUAUGGGAUAAAAUCUUUGAAGAAAUGGUAGAUCAGUAUCCAGCCACUGAUAUAGGCGUUUUCUUUUGUGGGCCAAAACCUAUUGGAAAACAAUUGCAUGAGAAAUGUAAAUUAUGGAGCCAAAGCUUUGAAGACGGUACAAAGUUUUUCUAUGGAAAAGAAAAUUUUUAA